AUGAUUCGGAAAAUGGGUGUGCCAAUGAAAAUUAAAUGGGCCAAGUAUAAAUUUGGAAUUCCAAAUUCAUAGAUAGUUAGCAAGGUUCAGGUUAAACUGUAGAUGAUGCAAGCAAAUAGAAUAAGUAUCUAUUAAAUCUAGAAUCAAAUUAUGAUCUGA